AUGUCUAACACACACUUGCUAGUGUUGUUUCUUGCCGCCGUGGCUCUCACGGCCACUACUCCCUCCAAUGCCGAUUACCAAAAGCCACCGGUUCCAAUUUACAAACCACCUGUUCCCAUUCACAAGCCACCAGCUCCUCCUGUUUACAUACCUCCUCCAGUGAGCAAGCCACCACCCACAGAGCAUAAGCCACCAACUCCUCCUGUUUACAUACCUCCUCCAGUGAGCAAGCCACCACCCACAGAGCAUAAGCCACCAACUCCUCCUGUUUACAUACCUCCUCCAGUGAGCAAGCCACCACCCACAGAGCAUAAGCCACCAACUCCUCCUGUUUACAUACCUCCUCCAGUGAGCAAGCCACCACCCACAGAGCAUAAGCCACCAACUCCUCCAGUUUACACACGUCCUCCAGUGAGCAAGCCACCCCCAGAGCAGAAGCCACCGACCCCAGCUUAUAAACCUCCCCCCGUCGUGAAGCCACCCCCAGAACAAAAGCCACCGGUCGAGAAGCCACCAACUCUACCUCCCAAAACUGGAAAAUCUCCACCAGAGUACAAGCCACCAACCCCGGUGGAGAGGCCACAAGUACCAGAACACAAACCACCACCAAAGCACCUGCCACCGCCACCUUACGGACACCCUCCCCCGGAAAAAGGUCAAGAUCCUCACAAGCCACCCCGGAAGGUUUUCCCUCCACCACCAUACGGGAAGCCACCUACAAAUGCCUAG